UGUGCUCAGUCAUUCAGCUCUGUGCAGCGCUGUUGUUUCAUGAGGCAGGAGAGUCAGCGGGAAGCUGGUGAUUGGAAAAGAAGCGCUCGCACCGAUGCCGACUACCUCAAAGAUGAACUAGAUGCAGCGGAGGAACACAGGGACCGUAGAUUUUUGCCAAGUCUUGUCAAGAAGAGCCAUUUUUUGACACCUGUGAACUUUUGGGAGAAUGAACCGUACAUGUAAAAGACAAAUACAACCCCUGUUUGUCAUCGGAGAUUGCUGGAGAAACUGAGGUAUCUGAGAUUCCCUCUUGAAAUCUGCUACUUGUCUUGACUACUGUCUGUUGUAGAUCUGUGUCUGAAGCAUUGGUAGACACAGGUAGACCCAGGAGAUGGGAGUCAGAUCGUCCAGGAAAUGUAAGACAGAGAUGCAUGACGCAUGAUUUAGCACACAAAAGAUACAGCCCAGCCUGAUUUACCUUGAAGAUCUCUAUUGUGCUUGAUCACACCUGGGACCUCGGGGGAAAUGACUGUCUUGAGGCGGGAUUAAAUGCGUUACCUAUGAUGUCAAACGUCGCCAGGGGCAAUCGUGUGAGGCUCUGCUGAGUAGCGGUGGUGUUGUGGAGGGGGAAGGCAGGAGCAGACUUCAAUUCCAGGUGUGUGAAGCACACCAGACUUAACUUACCUGACCUCAUCCUCCCGUCUCUGUUUGUGUCUGCUCAGCACCCCCCUCGUUUUCUCACCUCAUCUUCUCAGUAAUCCGUCCUCUCAGCCAUGCACCUCUCCUCCCCAUGGAGCCACUCAAGGCAGUGAGAGGAGAUGCUGAUUAGUGUGACUCCCGGUAGUCCAAGUCUGAUUCCUCAGCACUAGAAUUAGAAAGCAGAAGCAGCAGCACUCGUGAACUGUCAUCAAGCAGAAGACCAGACGCGCCAUGUGGAGUCAGUCCGGAUACUGCAAUCACUUACCUCAUCCCGGACAUCCCUUCUACCAUGCGCCCUGCAGUCAUAACCAGAGGACCACAGCGUUUCGGCAUCCUGUGACCGGACAGAUUUCUCCAGAGAACGUGGAUUUUAUCCUCCAAGAGCAGCCACAGGGCAUUCACAUGAUGUCUAAACCUUUGGGGGAGCAGCUUCGCCCCUCCAGCACAACAGUCAGCGAGGCCUCCACCACCAUCACCUCCUCCACUGUGGACACUGCCUCCGCCUCCAAGGGCUCCCGGUCCAGCGGCAGGGUGCACAGCUUUGGGAAGAGAGACCAGGCCAUAAAGAGGAACCCCAAUGUCCCCGUGGUGGUCCGAGGAUGGCUCUACAAACAGGACAGCUCUGGGAUGCGUCUUUGGAAGAGGAAGUGGUUUGUCUUGGCCGAUUUCUGUCUGUUCUACUACAAAGACAGCAGAGAGGAGUCGGUCCUAGGCAGCAUUCCUCUGCCCAGCUAUGUCAUUUCACCCGUGGGCCCCGAGGACCACAUCAGCCGCAAGUAUGCCUUCAAGGCUAGCCACACUGGCAUGCGUUCGUACAUUUACAAGCAGAGCUCUGUGAUUGGCUCGCAGGCGGAGCACAGUGGGAUGCGGACGUAUUACUUCAGUGCCGACACCCAUGAGGACAUGAACACCUGGCUGAGGGCCAUGAACCAGGCCGCACUGAUGCAGAACCACACCAACACACUCAUCAGGCCAUCAGACAACUUGGAGAAGUUGAACACGUUGGAGCGUCAAGCUGUGCCACAGACCAACCACAUCAACCACCACAAGACCAAGACCCACGACCCUGACACCACCGGACCCAUCGUGCACGAGGUUCUCCUGGAGCCCAUCCACCACAACACAGAGGAGCUCUGCAGCUUCCACAAAGAUGCAUCUGCCACCACCGCCGCCAUGUCAGAGCUCCCCAUCGGAGGCACUGUCAUAGAGAUGGACACUCAAACCUCCCUCCCCGCGAUCCCCGCACCAUCCACCAUCCCUCAGUCAGACCCCAUGUCAGCAUCAGCUCCUGUCUCUAGGGUGCCUUCCCGCGCCCCGUCCCGUGCUGCCUCGACGCUGCCCACCAGCGGCUGCACAAGGAACGGCCUGGUGUCCACGCCAAGCCCCAUUCUGGAGCCCAACGGGAUCGGGGCAGGGACUUACCAACGGACACCAACGCGGCCCUCUGCAGACACACACAGGCAGGUGCAAAGGAGGAGUGCCCUGGAGCAAGUUGAGCACUGGGUCAAAGUGCAGAAGGCCGAGCACAAAGGCCCUCCAUCCAGAGAGAACACCCUCCCCCGCCGCACCCCUCCUACACAAUCCAAGUUCUCCUCUGUGGAGGCACAUCAAACCCUGCCAAAAACACCCCGCCACAGCCCACCGCCUGCCGCCCGCCUCGGGGAGUACAAGUACGCCCAGGACCGCCUCAGCCACUUCCGCCUCACCCCAGAUCAAGGUGGCCUGGGGUCUGGCACCGUGUGGCAACUGUACGAGUGGCAGCAGCGGCAUCAGUUCCGCCAUGGCAGCCCGACCGCGCCACUCUACACCCCCGCCCCAGAGUACCCCUUUGGCCCCCGCCCCACAUUCACCGUGCCUCCCUCCUCCUCAGCCCCCAGGUCCAGCUCCGAGGGGCCAGCCCGCUGUGUCUCAGUACCCCCCUCUUCGGCGGACAUCCCUCCACCGGGGCCCCUGCCGGGCUCCAUCCGAGCCACAUCGCCCAUGCGGAGGCCGCACACGCCUGCAGAGCGGGUGACGGUCAAGCCCUUGGGUGACAGGUCGAUCGUGGACAUCCCUUUGACUAUUUCUCCUCGCCGGACCAAAUCACAGCUGCUCAAGGCUGCUACCAUAGAGAGGCGAUCAAUGCCUCCAUCUGGUUAUAUCACACACACAGUCAGCGCGCCGAGUCUUCAUGGCAAAACAGCUGAUGACACCUACAUGCAGCUGAAGAAGGACUUGGAGUAUCUGGACCUAAAGGUAGUUGGAAGUCAGACUUUGAAGGAAUCAGGGAAACCCGUUAAGGUUGCAGAAAGUGACGUGGAUGUGAAGUUGAGUCGGUUGUGUGAACAGGACAAGACGCUGAAAGAGCUUGAAGCCAGGAUCAGCUCCCUUAAGGAAGACAAGGACAAGUUGGAGAGUGUGCUGGACGUGUCCCACCAGCAGAUGGAGCAGUACCAGGAGCAGCCGGCCCAUGCCCAGAAGAUCGCCUACCAGCAGAGGCUGUUGCAGGAAGACCUGGUUACCAUCAGAGCCCAGAUCUCCCGCCUGUCCACGGAGAUGGCCCAAGCCUGGGAGGAGUACAGCAGUCUGGAGAGCUCAGUGGAGCAGCUGAGGACAGCGCUGCAGGCACAUAUGAACCACAGUGCCACCGCUCAGCAGGAGAAAGCAGAGAUGAAACGCGAGCUGUGGAGGAUCGAGGAUGUCAUGGCCGGAUUGAGUGCCAGUAAAGCCAACUACAAGAUCACCAUCGACUCUGUCCAGAACCCAGAGAGGAAACUUGUGCCUUCGGUCUCGGACCCGGCAGUGCCUUCUCACAGUGCAGAUGUCCAGCCUCCUCCCCGCAGCUUCAACCCCAGCCUUGCCUCCCAUACGCUGCCUCACAGCACUGUGCCAAAGUGGGCAGAGGACAACGCCCCUCCCAGGCCACCGCUGCCCCGCCUCUAUGACUAUGAGGAGACGCCCCCUGUGGUGCCGCCACUCCCCAAGGAGGCCUCAGUUAUCCGCCACAUGUCGGUGCGUGGGCUGAAGCGCCAGUCAGAUGAGAGGAAGAGAGACAGGGAGAGUGGGCCGUACGUUGCCAAUGGAGACUGCAAGGUUGAGUUGCGUUCAUACUUGAGUGAACCAGAGCUGCCAGGGUUGAGCCACCAUAGCGCCGGGUCCGAUGUUGACUACCAGUGUUUCCCAAGUAAAGGUCUUUUGGGCUCCUCAUCCCGACUGAACCAGUCCAACUCCAUCUCAUCCUAUGUCACCCUAAGGAGAGGCCCGGGGGCCCCUGCAGCCAGGGAGAGACCCAAGAGUGCCUUGGAGCGUCUGUCCUCACCCACUGAGGGCCAGCAGGUCCCGGCCAGCCAGCCGCGAGGCCGGAUGAGCGCCGAGGAGCAGCUGGAGCGCAUGAAGCGCCACCAGAGGGCGCUGGUUCGCGAGCGGAAGAGGAACCUCAGCCAGGGCGAGCGCUCAAGCACCGGCUUGUCCACCUCCACCGUCACCACUCAGCGCUCGUCCUCCUCAUCCAGACUGCCCUCCAGCACCUCCGACCCCCCGGCCUCCGUGUUUGAUUAUCAGGAAGAACGACUGGCGGCAGAGGGCCAGAGUGAUGAAGGAUGGACCCAGGUGAAAGAGAGAGGGAGGAUCCAGUCAGAUGAGUGGGUGACGGUGACGGCCAAACACAUAAGAGAGGUGGAUCUGGAGCCUCUCGACUACGACCUGGAUAUCAGCCGAGAGCUUGCCAAACCCCAAAAGGUUCCCAUCCCAGAGCGCUACAUCGAGUCUGACCCCGAGGAGCCUCUGAGCCCGGAGGAGGUGGAGGAGCGCUCACGCAAGGCGGAGCGCAUCAAAAACCUCCUGGCCAAAUCCAGUGUUCAGAACAUCCAGCCAUCGUCUGGCCUCAGUGCAGAGGUGGACUUCAGUGAACUGGACUCAGCUCUGCAGCAGCAGGAGAGGAUCAUGAGUGUGUCCCAUGCCCUGGCUUCAGAGGCCUCACGCAAGAGCAAACUGGUCGCUGGGAGUGAGUGGCUGGAGGGUCGGUGAACAUGUCUGGUUCAGCCCGAGCUGCUGCUGAGCAGUGAUCCACAGGAACAAACACCACGGGCACCCUCCUGAUGUGGGACAAAGAUUCGGUGUGAUAGAAAGGGAAAGGAUCAUAUCAUUUUUCAGUAACUAGCGACUGAAUGAUUUAUUUGUAACAAAGGCUUUUUUAUCAGAGUGACAAGAUGCACAUUUCUAAAAGAACAAAAGUGUGUAAUUAAUAGUUUUGAGAUUGAAUCAAGUUUUCCUGCUUCUGCACUUACAUGGCACAAUUUUAUAAAGAUAAUUUAUAACACGGGCAAUUUGCUUUUACCUGCCAAUACCUACAUGUAUUUUGCCGUUUGAGUGAUAAAAGAAUAGCGAAAUGAAAGCCAAUGCCAAUAUUUUCGAACAAAAUGGAUCUUUUGACAUAAAUCAUAUAUUUAUUAUAAUGUUGUGAGAGAAAUGUUUUUGACCAGUUAUUUUUUUUUUUGUAGCUCAAUACUGCCACAUACAAAUCAGCCCAAAUGUAUUGCACUUAAUACAACUAACUCAAACACGUGAGAACAAGUGUCAUUACAGAGAAUAAAUGUUUAAAUAAAAAGUAA